GGAAGCAGUGGCGCGGUGGACCUGAGCAGACGAGACGAAUCCGAGGAGGUCCCGCAUCUCGAGCCCAAGGAGUCGACGCCACUUGAAGUCGAUCCUUCUCAACACGUCUGCUGGUCCUCAGAUGCCCUGGUCAACCGCACCACACAAGCAGCUAAAGGAGGAGGGGGAGUGGUGGUGGGUGGCAGAGGGUGCAGUGGAUGCGUGCAGGGGGAGGAGUGCAGCAUACACGUGUGGGUGAUGCCGCCUGCUUACUGGUUCGCGCCCUUGGCGACCAAUCAGAGUGACGGGGCCAGCAAGGGCGACAUCAGCAGCGAAGGGGAGGCGGGCAGCAAACGAAGCAACAGCGACAGCAGCAGCUCUAAUGACAGCAGCGUCAGCAGCAGCAGCAAUGAGAGCGGUUGGUUGAAGAACGAGUUUACGCUCACACUGGAGGGCCCGGCGUUGGGCAGUGGGGAUGUGCAGUGUGUUGACCCCCCUGCCUGCUCGCACUACCUCAUCUCUUACCGCCUCUGGGACGUGGGGGACUAUAGAGCCACUCUCGCUGUGGGGUGUGCCAACCUCAACUUCUCGCCUGACUCCGCCGCCCAUUUCAACUCCACCUUCCGCCAUGACCUUGCCACGUGGAACCUCUCUAUUGGCUGGCUCAAGCAGUCAGAUUCCGGGAACGUUGCGUCUGCAAGCACAGCUGGUGCUGCUGGUAACGUUGCUCGUGAUGGUGCUGCUGACAUGGGGGUUGGGGGAAUCGAUGCCAUGACGCCAGUUACAGCCUCCUCGAAUACGACCUUCUCAGAUACCACCUCCCCAGAUGCCACCUCCCCGAAUACCACCUCCCCAGAUACCACCUCCCCCAGCAGCCAGGCCACACCCUGCACACCUGGAUCCAUCCCUGGUCGCUGGAAGAAGGACAGCAAUGGCAAUUACACCUGGACUUUCUUCCCCUGUGCGCCACCACUAUCGCCUCCCAGCCGUUGGAUCUCGGAUCUGCGGCGCAAGGGCAUAGAGGAGAUGAACAUAGUGGGGGACUCGCACCAGCGGGUGCUGGCGAACCACCUGCACUUCCUGCUGUCGGGGAGCACGGGGGACGUGCUGCCGGACCCGCACUUCAACUACACCUUCCACUCCAGCAACGACAGGAAGGAGACGUUCCGGAUCAACUACUAUUGGAUUGAUGGGAUCUACCGCAAUGGGGAGUUUGGCUGUGGUGACAGAGGCGUGGCCAGCAAUCGCACCGACUCCUUCCCAGAGGUCAUCUCGCGCACCGCUGACGUCACCAUCAUGAAUGCAGGCGCUUGGACCGACAGGUUCUGCACACACCCACUCCAAGCCUUUCGAGCGCACCUGCCGGAGUUUCUCAACUGGGGAUUGCAGUUCGCCGCCCCAAGCGGCAAGCCGUUGGUGCUUCGCACAGCGACGCCGGGGCCCAACGCGGGCAAGCACUGCGCGCAUUACAGCAGUGUGUCGGUGGGCCCGUCCACCAACCUGGGCAUCAUGGAGCUCAACCGCGUCGUGCGCCACGUGGCCGCUGGAAACAAUUCCCAAUCCCAACUGUCCGUGGCGUCAGUGCCAGUUUUUGACGGGUGGAAGAUUGAGGCUCCUCGGUAUUUGGACAAUUGCCCGCACGGAAACCGGCAUUACACGUGUUUUGAUGCACCGCACUUCUGGAGUGGAUAUGUGGCUGGAGGGGUGGUAGGGGAGGCUGUAGUUCGUGGACUCGUGCACUUCCUGCUCCAUGAGCUCGGCCCCCGUACGGCCCCAUCGUGCCCCGCCUACCGCGCCCCACCGCACCUUGCCGCGCGCCCUGCCGCGCCCUGCUGCGCCUGCCGCGCGCCCUGCAUGCCCUGGCGCGCGCCCUGCCACGCUGCGCCCGCCAAACGUCUGCCGCGUGCCUGCCGUGCGCCCAGCCGCGGCGCCUGCCGCCUCGCCUGCUGCCCUCCUACCAAGCCUGCCUGUCAGAAAUAG